GACCUGACCGCGCAGCCUGUGCUCCUGGAGACCCCGGGCCUGCCGUCCACUGAGGUCUGGUCACAGAUUCCCGCUGGUCAAGGCCUGCGCACUGGCUCCAUGCCGGGCCCGCCCCGCCUCCUGUGGCUGCUCCUGGCCGUCGCCUUCUCCGGGGUUCCCGGCGCGCAGCCCUGGGCCCCCGAAGCCGUAGGAGAGGAGGAGGAGGAGGAGGCCCCGCGGACCCCGGGGCCGGCGGUCCUCUGUGACUACGACCGCUGCCGCCACCUGCAGGUCCCGUGCCGAGAGCUGCAGAGCGCGGGCCCGACGGCCUGCCUGUGCCCCGGGCUCUCCAGCCCCGCGCGGCCGCCCUUGCCCCCGCGCCUGGGGGACGUGCACGUGGCGGCCGAGGACGGCAGCGCCGAGGUGCGCUGGUGCGCCCCCUCCUCCCCGGUCCGCCGCUACUGGCUGCUGCUGUGGGAGGGCGGCGGGCCCCCCCGCAAGAGCGGCCCCUUCAACGCCACCGUCCGCCGAGCGGAGCUGAAGGGGCUGGAGCCCGGGGGCGCUUAUGUCGUGUGCGUGGUGGCAGCUAACGCGGCGGGCGAGAGCAGCGCGCCCGGGCCCGGGGCGGACGGCCGGGCCCCCGAGGGCUCCGCGGGCGCGGGCGGCCCGGCCUUGGGGCCGUGCGGCCGGGUGGUCGUGCCCCCGCGGCCCCUGAGCCUGGUCCACGCGGCCGUGGGCGUGGGCGCGGCGCUGGCCCUGCUGAGCUGCGGCGCCCUGGCCUGGCACUUCUGGCUGCGGGAGCGCUGCGGCUGCCCCCGCCGCCCCCGCGCCGCCAACCCCGAGGGCACCGGGCCCCCGCGGAGCCCCCGCCGGGCGAACUGAGCCCCAGCUCCCCGAGAGGUGCGGGCCGCUGCUGCCCGCGCCCCGAGAGCUCCUGCGGCUCCCAGACUGUCUCUUGUGGCUCCAGUUGGGGAAGGAGGAGAAAGAGGGGGUCCUUUCGUAAAGGAUCAGGUGGCAGAUAACUUGGGUUUUGCGGUUCCAGAGGAUAAAAUGGAAGAUAUUUUAUAGGUACGCAUAUAACCAUGCCACCAUUUGUAAACAUGGAAAACCAUUCUUAGUUCACGGGCCUUACACGUCAGGCCGGGGCCACAUUGGGCCUUGUUGGCGUUUCUUAGCAACCCCUGCCAUGCACCCCUGGAAGGGCUUUGAGAAUAAGCUGCCGCAGGGUGGAAGUUUGGGGCCGGGACCCCAUCUCCUGCCUUUUGUUUAGCUACUGAGCUUGCGCACACCUGACUUAGCCACCCGGGCCUGGCAGGUGGAGAUAAAUGACUGACGUGGCGGGAGGGGGGAGGGACAGCUCAAGCUGCUGUCUGGGCCGAGCUUGCCAGUUAAAAACAAUAAUAAUAAAUAAUAAUAGAACACCAAGGGCUUUCCUCUUCCCCAAACUUGUUUACUGUGUACCCCCCGUAACAACGUUAAAGGAGAACAUUUCAUUUCCAUAAUCCUUCUCAACUCCCUAGCCACACACCUGUUCCUCAGAGUAGUAUACAUCAUUUUGAAUUUAUUUCUAAGUGAAUUGGAUGUAGAAAAGUCGUAUGUUGCUAAAGAGUAUAAUCCUCACUUAUAUUGGUCUUACAGCUUUUUUAAAAAAUCAUCAAAGCAACACAUACAAAUUUCAUGUAAUACUGGAGAGUAUAAAGUGAAAGUUCCCGUCCUCCUCAACACUAUUGCUUAUAGCAGAGCAGGUCUUUAUGUAAUACAAUUAUUUUCUCUUUUUAAAUUUUUUUAAAGCUACUUAUUUUUUUAAUUGGUUUGAGAGAGAGAGAGGAGAGAGGGAGAGAGAGAAACAUUGAUGAGAGAGAAACAUUGGUCGGCUGUCUCCUGCGUGCUCCUUAUUGGGGAUUGAACCCACAACCCAGGCGUGUGCCCUGACCGGGAUUCUUACUGGUGACCUCUUGGUGCAUGGAACAACACUCCAGCCACACCAGACAGGGCUUUUUAAAAAUUGAUUUGAGAGAGAGAAGACGGGAGAGAGAGAAAAAAACAUUGACUUGAGGUUCCACUUACUUAUGCAUUCAUUGGUUGAUUCUUGUACGUACCCUGACCAGGGAUGGGACCCACAGCCUUGGCAUAGUGGGACGAAGCUCUCACCAACUGAGCUACGCGGCCAGGCCAGUGCAUUUUCUUUUUUUCACUUUGUUUCUUAUGGACAAUGUUCCUGGUUGGUAACUCACAGCCUCCUUAGUUAUGUUAAAGGAUUCAUAAUUUUCCAUCGGAGGGUUCUCCUUAACCAACAGCAGCCAUCGCUCUUUGUUGGAACAUUUAAGUUGUCUCCAGUUUUUGCCAUGGACCUCCUUGUUUGUGCAUCCUCACAUUGUGAGUGUAUUUCUAUAGGGUACUUACCUGGAAGUAGGUCAAAGAGGCAAGCCAUACAACUUAAUCACUCUUUUAUUAUUGGACCUUUAGAAUAAAUUUAGAAGAUAGUUAUUACCUAGAAUACACUUAAUCACUUUUUUAAAAAUAUAUAUUUUUUAUUGCUUUCAGAGAGGAAGGGAGAGGGAGAGAGAUAGAAACAUCAAUGAUGAGAAUCACUGAUCGGCUGCCUCCUGCAGGCCUCCAGCAACCUGGGCAUGUGCUCUUGACUGGAAUCAAAUCUAGGACCCUUCAGUCUGCAGGCUGAUGCUCUAUCCACUGAGCCAAACCAGCUAGGGCCACUUAUCACUAUUCAGUGCCUUUUUUGCUUAUUGCAUCCUCAGUACUUAUCCAUCUAUAUAUAUAAAAGGCUAAUAUGCAAAGUGUUCCCUUGGAAGUUCGACUGAGAGACCAGUUGUUAGAUCACUUGCUGUGACAUGUGCGGACCACCAGGGGGUGGUGUGGAACGAAGAAGGCCCAGGCCGGCAGCCAGAAGACCCCGAUCAGCCCUGUUGGGUCAGGCCUAGGGACCCUACCCGUGCACAAGUUUUGUGCACCAGGCCUCUAGUUUACAAAUAAUGAGGGCCAACUAUUUAAUUAUCAAAGACAUGUUUACACAAUACAGUAUACAGAUGAUGUGUUGUGGAAUUGCGCAGCUGAAACCUGUAUACUUUUGUUAACUAGUGUCACCCCAAUAAAUUCAAUAAAAAGGGGAGAUUGCAUGCAUUCUCAA